AUGGUUCGCUCAGCUUAUGUCCUUGCUGCCGCCGUUUCGCUCUUUCACGUGGCUCAGGCCGUAAACAAUGGUCUUGCCAUUACCCCUCCAAUGGGAUGGAACAACUGGAAUUCUCUCGCUUGCAAUGUUUCCGAAGACUUGCUACUCAGUACAUCGAAGAAGCUGAUUGACUUGGGUCUUCAAGACCUGGGCUAUGAUCACGUGGUUUUGGAUGAUUGCUGGCAAGCUCCUCGUGGCGACGAUGGCUAUGUCACAGCCGACAAGGAGAAGUUCCCUCGUGGUAUGAAGCACGUCUCAGACGAACUCCACAGUGUUGGAUUCAAGUUUGGAAUGUACUCAAGUGCGGGAGAGAUGACCUGUGCAAGAUUUGCUGGAUCACUUGAUCACGAAACGAAGGAUGCCGAGAACUUCGCCAACUGGGGUGUUGAUUUCUUGAAGUACGACAACUGCUACCACAUGGGUCGUAUGGGGACUCCACAGAUCUCAUUCAAUCGCUUCAAGGUUAUGGCCGAUGCGCUGAACAAGACUGGCCGAAACAUCGCCUUGAGCCUCUGUAAUUGGGGAGAGGACUAUGUCCACACAUGGGGAAUGUCCAUUGCAAACGCAUGGCGCAUGUCAGGAGAUAUCUACGACUCCUUCACACGCCCAGAUGCUCUCUGCGCCUGCGAUACGAACAACCCCGCGGAUCCAUUCUGCAUUGCUCCAGGAACUCACUGUUCCGUUCUAUUCAUCCUCAACAAGGUUGCUCCAUUCGCCGAUCGCAGUAUUCCAGGCGGCUGGAGUGAUCUCGACAUGCUCGAGGUCGGCCAAGGAGGCAUGACUGACGAAGAGUACAAAGCCCAUUUCGCACUCUGGGCUGCUCUCAAGUCACCACUCAUGCUGGGGAAUGAUCUCAGAAUCAUGUCACCAUCUGCGCUAUCUAUCGUUAAUAACCCGGCCAUCAUUGCUCUUUCUCAAGACCCCCACGGUCGGUCCGCUACCAGAGUUGCUCGCAAUACCAGCGUUCCCAAGGAUGAGUACGGCAUUGGCGAGACGCACAUCUGGAGCGGGAAGCUCGCAAACGGCGACCAAGUCGUCAUUCUCCUCAACGCUGCGAACGAAGACCUCGAGAUGAGCGCUUCGCUUAAAGAGAUCUUCACACCUUCUGGACCAGGUGGCUCUGCGCCUCAAGUCAAGGAAGCGUGGGAGGUCUGGGACUUGUGGGCUGAUCGCAUGAGCGAUGCUCAUGCGCAGGCUAUCCUUGAGGCUGAGGAUGAUUCGAAGAGAAGUGCAGUUCUGAAGGAACAGAACUGGUAUAAAGCGAGCGAGAUUUCGUAUAAGGAGGGUUUGGAAAAGGGCGAUGAGAGGCUGUUCGGCAAGAAGGUUGGUGUUGUGGAACCUAAGGGCCAGUGGGAUGUUGUUGUUGAGAGGCAUUCGGCAAAGGUUUAUCGAUUCAGACAAGUAAAGGGUGAGAAAGGAGACCAUGAUGAAUUGUAG